UACAAUAAUUGUGUCCAUGUGCUCCCUUAGCAUUUUCUUCUCAGUUCUCGCUUUAUUUUGUUUGACCAAAACGAACUCAUUAAAAGCCGCUCCGAUGUAUUAACGCUCAACAUCAACCAGAACCAUCCAAGAAUAUUUCUCUGGUUUAGAUUUAUUUCAAAACCAUGAAGAAGAUCGACUUGGGGAACCACCGCGAGGCGGCUCAGCCAGACUGCAUCAAAGCUCUCAUUGUCGAAUUCAUCACCACAUUUUUCUUUGUUUUCGCCGGCGUCGGAUCCGCCAUGGCCACAGACAGCUUAGUCGGAAACACAUUGGUCGGACUUCUGGCGGUCGCGGUGGCUCAUGCCCUUGUAGUGGCGGUCAUGAUAUCUGCGGGCCAUAUCUCCGGUGGCCACCUCAACCCCGCUGUCACCAUCGGCCUACUUUUCGGAGGUCACAUCAGUGUCUUCCGCGCAUUCCUCUAUUGGAUCGAUCAGCUGUUGGCCUCCUCCGCAGCCUGCUUCCUCCUAAGUUACCUCACUGGAGGAAUGGGAACUCCGGUUCACACUUUGGCAAGUGGAAUCAGUUACACCCAGGGUAUCAUAUGGGAGAUCAUCUUAACAUUCUCACUUCUCUUCACUGUCUACGCCACGAUGGUGGAUCCCAAGAAAGGCUCCCUUGAUGGGCUAGGCCCACUUCUCACCGGAUUCGUCGUCGGAGCCAACAUCCUUGCCGGUGGCGCCUUCUCUGGAGCCUCAAUGAACCCGGCCAGAUCAUUUGGACCUGCUUUGGUCUCUGGGAACUGGACUGACCAUUGGGUAUAUUGGGUUGGACCGUUGAUCGGUGGUGGACUUGCAGGAUUCAUCUACGAGAACGUCCUCAUUGACCGUUCAGAUGCCCCACUCGCCGACGACGAGCAACCAUUCCUAAAUUGAAUGCUUGAAUCUAUACUAUGCACGUUACAUAUCUAUCAAGCUCAUCACUAAUGAUGCAUCUUCUUGGUACACUUCAAGAUGUAUCUCUUGUAUUCUUAUCGUAUUUCAAGCAAUUUCUUUAAAACUUAUCAAGUUCCAAUUAUC